AUGAAGUAUACCACAGCUGCUGUCCUUGCCGCAAUCGGUCUUACAAAGGCUGCUCCUUUGGAAGAUCGAUCCUUGAAAGCUGCAAACUGUUUUGCAGUAGAUCUUGUGGUGGACGUCCUACGUCUCUACCCUUCGGCGUCUCCAUUCUGCUCGUCGGUACUGCGAAUCCCCACAGUGACCACUACCAAGACUGUGUCUUCGACGGCUUCUUACACUUCUUCCCUCACCACCACCGUACCUACAACUGUGUCGACCAUCACAAGCACCGCGGAGCCCAUCACCGAAUACUCGACUAUUGAAACCACCAUCACUACAUGCAUUCCUUCCGCCGUCAACAAACGCGAGAUUGAGAAGCGUGCUUUGAUCCCGGCCAGCAUCAGUAUUUCAGGAAGUUGUGCUGGAGCUCCUGGGGUCCUCAGAAACAUUGCCUGCAAUGCCAUCACCAGUGCGUGCAAUUGUUUGGGAAUACCGACUCCCACGUCCACAAUCACACAGACUCAAAUCUCUUCGACCACGGCCUAUCCUACCGCAACCGUGUAUUCUAGUAUCACCGCAACAGCCACCGUUACCGGCACCACGACGGUCCCUACCACACUGACGUCUACUGUCAACUAUUGCCCAGUGCCUUCAAGCUGCAAUAAUGCAGGUAUCCGUUGGGGAUAUUAUCCCAAUUAUGAAAACAACAACAUCGGCAACGGGGAUAACUACUACAGCAACUAUGACCCAACUGUGAUCAAGUCAGAGACUCCCGACUACCAAUCCACCGCCACAGUCGCUGGAGGCCUGAACCAAAACUCCGUCAGCGACAUCUCCAUCUACGGAAGCAGCCAAACCUUUCACUCCGACUUCUUCACUCUGAACCACGUCGGAUACAUUUUUGCUCAAAACACUGGAACGUACACCUUCACUCUAGGCAAUGUCGACGAUAUUGUUCUGCUUUGGCUUGGCGACACCGCAGUACGUGGAUGGACACGAGGCAAUGCAAAUGCCUUGGCCAUCUACUCCAGCCAGCCGACAGCUUCUGCCAGCAUUGAGUUGGUCCAAGGCCAGUACUUGCCUUUCCGGGUCGUGUUUGGCAAUGCACAGGGCGCCAUCUCGUUUUCUCUUCAGCUUGCGGCGCCUGAUGGUACUGUUAUCUUGGACAGCAACACUCAAGACUCCAAAUUCCUGGUUCAGUACUCGUGUGAUGGUGUUGCAGCACCUGCUUUCCCCGCUUUCGGAGCCGAGACUUGA